UGUCCCAGCUUCCAAAGAAGUCAUCUUGCUGGGAGCUGGGCACCAUGACCAGCCAGUCUCAGGGAAUCCAACAGCUCCUGCAGGCAGAGAAAAGGGCCAAGGACAAGCUAGAGGAAGCAAAGAAGAGAAAAGGAAAGCGGCUGAAGCAAGCGAAGGAAGAAGCUGUGGCCGAGACUGACCAGUACCGAAUGCAGAGAGAGAAGGAGCUGCGCAUGAAGCAGUCGAAGAUAAUGGGCUCUCAGAGCCACCUCUCAGAUGAAAUAGAAGAACAAACAGUGGAAAAGAUAAAAGAAUUGAAUGGAAGCUACAACAGGUGUAUGGAGAGUGUGCUUAAGCAGCUGCUGAGCAUGGUGUGUGAGCUGAAACCAGAAGUGCAUGUGAACUACAGAGCCACCAACUGAGGGGUCUCCAGACUUCCAAAUAGAGAGAGUGGGGGAUAUGUCCUGUUAACAUUUAAGGCUGGAUUGUGCAUCUAAAGUUUACUGCAUCUCUGCAAAUGUUCAUGUCACAUAUUUCAUGUGUAGCAUUGAAUUAAAACAUAAAUAACACAGUGUGAUCUCUCCUGGCAAUGGGUAUAACUGGCAUUUAUAUGAAGCAAGUUAAGGAAAGGGAGGAACUUGAUUUUGACACUUAAUCAGAAAACAAUGACUGUAGCCUUCUUGGGGUAUAUUUUCACUUUUUUUUUUUAAGAUUUAUUGCUGAGUAGUAUUCCAUUAUGUAGAUGUACCACAAUUUCUGUAUCCAUUCCUCAACUGAGAGAUAUCUGGGCUGUUUCCAGCUUCUGGCUAUUACAAAUAAAGUUGCUACAAACACGA